CGAUCUGAUACACUAGAAAAUUACUGGCUAUGAUUGUGUCCACGUUGAAUCCGUUUUAUUUGUAAUUUAUUUAACAUCAAACGCUAUUUCUUAAAUAAUCGUCUUUUUUUCUACUACUGUCAUAACGUUACAGGUAAAAACUAUCAGACUAUUAUGAUUAUCAAUCUCCUAGGCAUAUUUUUUUUGGCUUUAAUCACUUUCCAAGCAAGGGUACUGUAUUUAAUUUUCUUUGCAAAUGGAAAAAUGCCUAAAAAAGGAUCUCGAAUACACCCAGCCAAAACAUUAAUAAUAUUGGGCUCUGGAGGACACACUGCAGAGAUGUUACGAAUUGUUUCUCAGAUUGACUUGAAAAAUUAUUCACCAAGAAUAUAUGUACAGGCGCGUACAGACCAAAUUAGUGGAGAUAAAGUAAAGGAGUUAGAAUUAGAUAACAAGGACUACAGGAUUGUUCAGAUAUACCGUAGUCGGGAAGUCCGUCAGUCGUAUAUUACAGCUAUUUGGACAACUACCGUAGCCAUUCUUGAUUCAAUACCCGUUCUCUGGAAAGAAAAACCAGACCUUAUUUUGUGUAAUGGUCCUGGUACUUGCAUACCAUUAUGUAUGGUAGCAUUCUUCUUGAAAAUAUUCUUUAUCUGUAGAACUAAAAUAGUGUUUAUCGAAAGCUUCUGCAGAGUGAAGACCUUUUCGUUAACUGGGAAGAUACUGUACUACAUUGCUGACUUUAUUAUAGUACAAUGGCCAUACCUAAGUAAACCAGUGUAUACAAGAAGCAUUUAUAUAUAAUUAAAAUUUGUACUCUUACAACAGAAAUUGUAAUUUUCCUUGUAUACACUUUUCAGAGAAUAUGUUUUCUGCUCCUGUAACUACCAGUUCUAUUCCUUGGGAGGCUUUGACAAACGAUAUUAAAGAAAACAGUCCCAGUGAAAUUAAAGUACAUUUGAUUUCAAUAUUAGUGAAAUUGAAGUAUUCCUAUGAGAACAGCAAAAAACUGACUAUUGAGUGGGUGGAAAAUUCACUAUUAAGAAUUGAAGCUUGCUUAGAUCGCACAUGGGAAAUGCUUAAUUCAGGAUAUUGGAAAAAUGUUCCAAUUCAAUACAGAUACUGUUACUCAUACUGUACUAUUUUAAAGUCCAUCCUGCUAGAAAUUCAAUAUGAAAGUAGAAGCGAGAAAUCAGCAGAUAAACAAAAAAUAUUAGAAGAAAUCAUUAAACAGGUAGAUAAAGGUAUUUUAUUAGGAGCACCACCUCCAUGCUCUCCUAAUUUAUUAACUUCAAUGGCUUCAAAACUAAAUAAUUUAUUACCUGAGGAAACAUUAAAAACUGAAAAUUAUAAAACAACAUUAAUCAACAAUGAAGAAAUAUCAAAGAUAUUACUUCCGGGAUUUGCUCCAGUGACUCUUUAUAACGAACCUUCAAUGGAAACAUUCUACCGAGAAAUAUUCAUGCCCAAAAUCCCAGCGGUUUUAGAAGGUUGUAUGAAACAUUGGAAAGCUUUAGAAUUAUGGCAGAACCCUGACUAUUUAAUAAGAAUAGCUGGAAUUCGGACAGUACCUAUUGAAAUAGGUUCUCGUUACACAGAAGAAGAUUGGACCCAGCAUCUAAUAUCUUUUUCAGACUUCAUUCGUUCACACAUAUGUGGAAAAAGCGAUAAAGUAGGAUAUUUAGCUCAACAUCAGCUUUUUGAACAGAUACCAGAGUUAAAAGAUGAUUUUGCAAUACCGGAUUACUGUAAUUUUUCUGACACAGAAGAUGAAGCAUCAAUUCCUGAUAUAAAUGUCUGGUUUGGUCCAAAUGGUACAGUCUCUCCUUUACAUUAUGAUCCAAAAAACAACUUACUAUGUCAGGUAUUUGGUUACAAGAGAAUCAUACUGUAUAGUCCAGAGGAUAGUCUGAACUUAUAUCCCUAUGAUACGCGACUCUUGUCUAAUACUGCCCAGGUUGAUCCUAUGAACCCAGAGUUUGAGAAAUGGCCAAAUUUUAAGAAAGCUAAAGGUUCAUUAUGCUACUUAGGUCCUGGAGAAAUGUUAUUCAUCCCACCUGGAUGGUGGCAUCAUGUCGUUGGAUUGACACCAAGUUUUUCUAUUAGUUUCUGGUGGAAUUAAUUAAUAAUAAUUCUCCUUGAAAUUGCAUUUUCGAAUAAAGUAGUAGGACAAUUAUGUUUAUGAAAAUUUAUCAAAUAUUUAUAAUUUUCAUGUGUCGCGAAAAAUACACCAUAUUAUGGAUAUACACAUGUAUUUUUUGCAUUAAAUCAAAAUUUAACUUUUCUACACAUGUAAAAUAAUAUAACUAAAUCACACGUUAAGUUAAGAGCAUUUGUUAAUCUUAGUUAGAGUUAGUACCAUAGUUUGUAUGGCUAGAAGUGUCAUCGUGACAAUCAGUAUGUUUCUAACAUUCGUUGUAAUCAGUUGUAAUCGACAAUUAAACGGAGUAGUUAUUGUUCAA